AUGCCUCAUAUUGAGCUCGAGUAUCCUAAACAGCCCUAUAGCACCGUCAAGCGCUAUAACAACCGUGCGUCCUAUGCCCUUCGCACAAUCCACACAAUUAUAAACACCAGCCCCAUCCUCCACGUCUCCUUCAACUCCCCCAGCUCAUCGUUCCCCACCAUUCUCCCCAUGCUCGGGCAGAUGGGCUCCUUCGCCCGUCCCUCCGCCGACGAGGGCGACGUUCUCGACCUGUACCUGCACGGCUACGUCUCGUCCCGCAUGGUCAACACCUCGCGCCAGCCCUCGUCCGAGACCCCGGGCCUCCCCGUAUGCAUUGCGGCAUCACACCUCGACGGCCUAGUCCUCGCCCUGACCCCCAAUUCACACAGCUACAACUACCGUUCAGCUGUACUCUUCGGACACGCCUCCGUCGUCGAGGACCCGGACGAGCGGCUGUACGCCAUGGAGCUCAUCACCGACAGCGUCGUGCCCAGUCGCUGGGAGAACUCCCGCGUGCCGCCCAACCGGGCCGAGAUGUCGUCGACGAGCGUGUUGAAGGUGAGGAUCGCGACGGGGAGUGCCAAAAUCCGUGAGGGCCCGCCGGGCGACGAGAGGCACGAUAAGGAGGACGGCGACGUUGUCGGGAGGGUGUGGACGGGCGUUGUACCGGUGUAUCAAACACUUGGGCAGCCUGUUUCCGGACCCUACAACCGGGUGGACAACGUUCCCGGUUACUUGAAAAGGUUUGUGGAGCAUUCGAAUGAGUCGGCGCGGGAGGUGGCUGUUGAAACGGCGACGAGAAGUGCGGUCAAGAAGCGCGAUGAGGACGAGUAA